UAAAACAGGUGUCAAUUAUCACUGCAGUUGUCAGUGAUUUUUCGGUGGUUUUGGAAUACAGGAAUGAUUUUUUGAAUAUUGUUUGUAUUUUUGCGAAUUUAUUGAGGUGCAGUUAUUAGAAAAUGGUGAACACUUUGAAGUCUGAGUGCUCUAUUUGCACGUGGUAUCCGAAUUUUGCAAAAGUUUCCAUAGAAUCGAGGGUCUUAGUCAUUCCUGAUGAGGUCUCCCAGUAUCUUGAGCAUGAUGCCUUUGUUUUGCCUUCUGAGGCAGUGGGAAAACCGGUGGAGAAUGGAGAGUGGACUGAUGGAUCUGCGGUUGAUGAUUCCGGCGAGGAGGCUGAGGUUCAGCCGUCCUUCCCGGAGUUCAGCAAGCAAAUUCAAGAGGUUAUUGAUGAGUUUGGAGCGGUGUUUGUCAAGGCUAACUGGAGAACUCCUCUGGAUGCAACUUGGGUAGCUCCAACAAAAACUCUGAAAUGCACCUCCUUGGAGGAAGUUUAUCUACUCCUAAAGAGUUCUGAUAGAAUUUCUGGAGAUAUCAACACUGUCAAGCAACUCUCCUGUGAGUCUGGAGGAUUAAAAUGUUGUUUAGUGUUAAAGCGGUGGCGAGAUAUUAACCCUAGUUCAGAAUUUCGCUGUUUUGUCGUUAAUAGACAAUUAAUGGGAAUUUGCCAAAGAGAUUCUUCACAAUUCCAUCCUUAUAUAGAGACAGAUAAAUAUAAUAUACAAAGAGAUAUUACGAGUUUAUUCAACGAGAAGAUAAAAGAUAAAUUCAAGCUUGAUAAUUAUACAUUCGAUGUGAUUAGGAUAAAGAAAGACAAAGUAAAAAUCGUCGACUUUGGACCUCUCGAUGAAACAUCCACAAAGGGGACUCUCUUUACAUAUUCUGAACUCCAUGACUCCAUUACGGAUCCUCCAGAGUUCAGAUUUAUCGCUGAGGACAUGGGAAUUCAGCCAAACACUAGUCAUCACUUUUGUGUACCGCAAGAGAUCAACGAAUUUUUUAGAACUGGAAAUGACUCGAUGAUGGACAUAAUACGAAGGGAAGUUGAGAAUCAACGCCUAGAGUAAUUAGGGCUCUCAACAAAUAAUGUAACUAUAAAAAUAAUAAAACAAUAUUUUCCAACUGAUGAAAAUGUAAAAUUUCAAAAUUAUCCUUCCCCCUUAAUUAACCAAAAAUUCCCAAACGAAUAAAACAAGGGAA